AAUAAAAUUACGUUUAGGUCAUUUGCUCGGUUCUAUCAUUGUUAGCGUCGUAUUUGUACCAUUCUUUAGCAAACCUAAUUCGCCAACCCCUUUUAAGUUUUAUCAUUCAUAUUGUCUUUCCUUUAAUUUUUAUUUAUUAUUUUUUUUUCUGAAUUCUUGGUUUCAUAAUUCGCAUAAUCCGCCAUGAAAAUUAGUUCGCUUUCAUCCAAACGCAAGGCUAAAAGCUCUCAGAAACAUAGCAAGAAGAAAACUAGAAGCAGUAGGGAGAAAACCAAGAAAUUGAAACAACGGGAACGGGAACGUUCAAUUUCGUGUUCAGAUGAAGAUUUGGUUUCGAUUUCAUCAUUAUCGUGUUCUAGAUCAGGGGAUGGUAUGAGGAGUAAAAAGAGGGGUAGGUCUAGGGACAGGAAGGGUAGGAAAGAUAACAAGAAGAACAAAAGAAUCUGUUUGGUGAGUGAGUUCAGUGGCGAUGAUGAUUCUGGCCGCGUUAAGAAAGUGAAAAGAUUGAAAAAGAAUCGAAGUUCUGAUUCUAGGAAAAAACUGCAUGUGAAAAAGCGACGAAGGGAUCGUAGUUUAAGUUCUACUAGGAGUCGCCGGUCUAGGAGUGGGGAACCAAGUGAUGAUAUUGACAGAGAGUUCGUGGACAAGGCAGAAUUGAAGGAACGAAAGGGGAGAGAGAAAAUUAAGGAAAGUAGUGAGAGUCAAAAGAGAAGUAGGCAUAGGUCCAGAAGUUGCUCGCCUUGUAGUUUGCAUAGUGAGGAGAAGAUUAGAAUUCCAAAGAGAUUGAAAUCUGUUAUUGUGGUUGCCAAAGAGAUAGAAGCAAUUGAGGAAUUAGAAUCAAACAAGGAUGAUGGGGAUAAAGAUCAAAUUGUUUUUGAUUAUGAUGACUAUCCUAGCAAGAGUGUUGAUAGUAAUGAUGGGGUUAGUGUAAGAGAAGCAGUACCCAAUUUAUUUGAUGUUAGUUCGAAGAAACGGUCUAUGGAUGAGCCAGAGAAGGAAUUUGAUGUUUCUCAUGCCAAGGCUUUGGGAGUUGUAGAUGUCGAAAGACAGCUUGUAAAGAAGAGUGGUGAAAUAAUCCCAAGUACUGUUAGAUUAGUGCAUGAUUUUUCGAUUGGGAAUAUUAAUGAGGUUACUCCUAAUUCUAGCUCACACCAUGCUGAUCUUGAAACUAUUUUAAGAAAAAAAGCAUUGGAAAAUUUACUGAAGCGCCAAGGAAAAAUGUCCACAAUGAAUUCAGCCAUUAAGAAACCCAAACUUGAUAUUGAAGUGAAAAAGCUUUCUAUUUUGGACGCUCAACCUGUUGAUCGGCCUCUUGAGGGAAAUACUAAAUCUGUGCAAAAUCUAGAGAAGGCUAUUGAUGAUGUUAAAUAUUUUUCUACUAAUUUACCUUGUCCUUUAGUAGGUCCUUCAAAAAUUACUAAUGCACAUCUCCCGAGCACGAAGAUUGAAACUGUCUAUUCACAAGAAAAGAGUAAGAACCCCUGUGAUUUUCUUAAUAGCAGACCUGAUGCUAACUUAUCCUCAUCUAGGAAAGGAUUUUAUGGAGCAAAGAACACCUGGAAGCGACAUUUGCUCCCACAUGAAUCUUCACAGAAGAACCUGUCCUCACCUAGAGAAAUGAUAGUAAAAGAUUCUAAACAAGAAAUGACAUGUCAGCCUAAAUUAUCAGAACCACAAAAAACAAUAAGUAAUGAUUUUGCUUCUUCGAAAUUUGAUUCCGAAGUUAGCACCAGAAUAGUUGAAGCUCUUACACAUACAGAGCCUUCCACCUCUGAAGUAGAAAACAAGAAUGAUAAGACCAAUUCAACUGACGAAGAGGCGCAAUUCCAGAACAAGACAAUGUCUGUCAUGCGGGGUGGUGAAAUGGUACAGGUUAGCUACAAGGUUUAUAUCCCGAAGAAAACCCCUGCUCUAUCAAGAAGGCAACUGAAACGAUGAUCCUUAUUGUUUUGAUGGCAUGGAUUGUCUCACAAGAAUGGUAAGUUUCCUAAACGUGGAAAAGAGCCUUGGUUUAUGUAGCUAGAGGAAUUCUCCUUGUUGAUAUAGAAAUGAGAAGGCAAGUUAUGAUCAGAUUCUGAUGAUAGACAGUGGCAGGUUUAGUCUUUAAAAAUCUCUAAUAGUUUAUCUGUUCUUACUGCUGCUUUUACUUUUCUUGAUGAAUGUAGGUUAGGUAGUCCAAUACUAACAAACCCUUUUAUUGCUUCUGAACUGCUGAUGUUAGAAAAGCUGAUGCUGUACACGUCGGCUUUAAUAUUGUUGUACGAGUGUUGUGUAAUGAGUAUAGUUGAAUAGUACUCUAAUGAUCCGUUUUGUGGAGCAGAUGGUUAUAGUGUUCCAGUUUUCUGUUCCUGUCCUUUGUUGAUGUCUUGAGAUAUUUGCAUCUAGUAUUUGAUGAUAGCUGAUCUGGGUAAUUUGUGUAAUAAAUGUUUCUCAAUAUAAUGAAUUUGAUGCAAAUGGCGCAUAAUGUAUGUUGUGUUUAUAGUUAGAUUGCAUGUCCUUAACUAGCAAGCUUGGUUCAAUGGAUAAGAGCCUUACCUUACAUUUGAGUUAAGGGCGCUAGGGGUGGAUGAAAAAUUCCUUUACCACACUCCCCUACAUGCAAAUGCUGGAUCCACUUGAUGUCGCCAAUACACCGUGCUAUCUGCUCCAACAAAAGAUAGAAAGAAACAGCACCAAUAACGGUGCUAGAGCCUUGGUUCUAAAAGAUUGAGGCCGGCUACAUGAACCAAUGUAUCAGUUUGAAUGGUCGUCCACAUGGAUUCUUCUCCUCCAUUUCCGAUUUUCUACAAUUUCAAUUUGUAAGUAAGUUAUAUUUAUAUUCAUUUUCGCUCCUGUCCUCUUAGUCAUCUUGAUCUUUUUUUCUCGUUUUUUAUCUUCCUUACCGGUUAGGCAGUUCUCUAAUAUCCCAUCUGUGCACAUGUGACAUGUCCAACUCGUGUGCUUUGUCUUGCUCCGACAUAGUAUGAAUCCUCGUGACUUCAACUCUUUUCUCCAUCGUUCUAACUUAGCAUAUACCCUUUGAUCUCAUUUACCAAAACAAUAUCAUUAGCAAACACCAUGUAACAAGGUAUGUCUCCUUGUAUCUAUCGAGUAAUCUAAUACGGGACUGCUGCGGAAAAUAAGAAAAAGAAGAGAAAAA